CACUAAAAAAACAAGUACUUAGAAAGAAGAAAGAUCAAGAAGACAUCUAGUAAUUUUCACCAUUCUUCAAAUACAAUCAUGUCUUAUGAACUCAGCAGUUCAUAAAUUUCAAAUUUCAUCCAAUUCAUUUGAAAUUCCGAUCACCAUUUUCAAUGUUACUCCUUCCAAUCUAAACCCUACCCACUAACAUCAUCACCGCUACACCCUCUUGUACCAUGAACUCUCUCUUUUCGCUUGAAAACCUUCCUCCACCACCGGGAAUUCCAAUCCCCGCCUCAAUUGCCGCCGCCACAGCCACCACCAGCGCCUCCCCGGCCCCAACACUAAUCCCAAAGCUCGAACCUUUCGACGGAUGGCUCAACAACCCCACUUCCCAACAAAAACAAUCUCAGGACUCCAAUUUUUCAAAUGGGUCUCUGGACCUCGACCUCGACCUCAAUCUUGUAUGCGACGGAACCUCCGACGAACCAAACAACAACAACAACUUAUUUUCCGAGUUCAACAGAAUCUCCCAGCUUUUCCACACUGCGUUCUCCGCCAACGACCCCCAAAAUGACGCCGUUCCCGACCCCAUCACCGAUAGCCUGCAGCAGCUCCGAAACGACGCCUUUUCCAACCCUUUUGCCGAAAACUCGCAGCACAUCAAAACCGAAGCCGAUUCGGUCCCAUGGCUGCAGCAGGCCCCAAAGGGCAUCGUUCCGGACCCGGAUUCGCGGGCAAUUGUGCCCGUUCCGGAGGAGCAGCAGUCUUCUUCGAUGGUGGCCGCAACCACGCCGAGGCGACGGUGUAAGGAGCUGGUUCGGGUGGCGGAUCUUGGCGGGCCGGAGCAUCGGCACUUCCGGGACGUUGUCCGGCGGACUCGGAUGGUGUAUGACUCGUUGCGCGUGCUGGCGACGGUGGAGGACGAGCGGCGGGUGGACGCCCGCAAGGGGCGCAGCGAUUUGCGAGCCUCGGCCGUGAUGAGGAGCUGUGGUUUGUGGUUGAAUCGCGACAAGAGAAUUGUUGGUGCGAUUCCUGGUGUUUGUGUUGGUGAUGUGUUCCUCUAUAGGAUGGAGUUGUGCGUGGUUGGGUUGCACGGUCAGGCUCAGGCCGGCAUCGAUUAUCUUCCUGGCAGCAUGAGUUCCAACGGCGAACCAAUUGCCACGAGCGUGAUUGUCUCAGGUGGUUACGAGGAUGAUGUUGACGAGGGUGAUGUUAUCACCUACUCCGGCCAUGGUGGGCAGGACAAGAAUUCUCGGCAGGUUUGUCACCAGAAGCUUGAGGGAGGGAACCUUGCAAUGGAGCGGAGUAAACACUAUGGGAUUGAGGUGAGGGUGAUUCGCGGGGUGCGCUGUGAGGGUGCAGCCUCUGGCACUGGGAAGUUGUAUGUGUAUGACGGCUUGUAUACGAUUAUCGAUUGCUAUUUUGAUGUUGGGAAGUCGGGUUUCGGUGUUUUUAAGUUCAAGCUGUGUAGGAUCGAUGGGCAAGCUAAGAUGGGGAGCACGUUCAUGAAGGAAGCGCAAAUGCUAAAGAAGGAUCCUUUGAGUUUCAAACCCACGUGUUGUGUUUCGCUUGAUAUUUCAAGCAGGAACGAGAAUGUGGGGGUUCGCCUUUUCAAUGAUCUUGAUCGCAAUUUCGACCCUCUCAGGUAUGAAUACCUUGUGAAGACAAACUUUCCUGAGUUUGUUUUUCACCAGAGUGGGAGGGGUACGGGUUGUGAUUGUGUGGACGGGUGUGUUGAAGGGUGCUUCUGUGCCAUGAAGAACGGAGGGGAGUUUCCCUAUACUCACAGUGGGAUUCUCUUGAGAGGGAAGCCUUUGGUUUUUGAGUGCGGCCCGUUUUGUCAAUGCCCCCCUCAUUGUCGGAAUCGGGUGACGCAGAAGGGGCUCAAGAACAGGAUGGAGGUGUUCAGAUCUAGGGAAACUGGUUGGGGAGUUAGGUCCUUGGACCUUAUUCAAGCUGGUGCUUUUAUAUGUGAGUACACAGGGGUUGUGCUCACUAGGGAGCAAGCAGAACUUUUGUCCAUGAAUGGUGAUUCCUUGAUAUAUCCGAAUCGGUUCACUGAUAGGUGGUCGGAAUGGGGUGACUUGUCUAUGAUAGACUCCAAUUAUGUGCGUCCAUCUUAUCCCUCGCUCCCUCCUUUGGAUUUUGCUUUGGAUGUGUCAAGAAUGAGGAAUGUUGCUUGCUAUAUGAGUCAUAGUUCCACUCCCAAUGUGUUGGUUCAGUUUGUCUUGUAUGAUCACAAUAAUUUGAUGUUCCCUCACCUUAUGCUGUUUGCAAUGGAGAACAUCCCUCCCUUGAGAGAGCUCAGCCUUGAUUAUGGGGUAGCUGACGAGUGGACAGCAAAACUCGCUAUAUGUAACUGAUUUGUUUUCAAAGUUUUCUACACUUUAUGAUAUACUGAAGCCAAGUUUAAUGAA